CUGGUGGUGGCUGUUCGCACAGUUGCGCGAACUCCCUGUGAUGAUGUGCUUUCUUUCCGUAGAAAUUGGAUUAGGAAGCCUUUAAGCAGGUAGUACUCCUUGCAUAAGCCUGCAUCGUCGGCUAAUUGAUUUAUGCGGCCACUUCUUGUGUUGGCCGAAGUGAUCAGGAUGCCGCAAAGAAGUUAGUUGCGUGACGGACAACGGGGGGACUCGCGCAAAUUUCUCGGCUAUCACCACACCCAGAGGAGUAAAGGAAGCUUGAGAGUACGGCGGUGAGGGUUGAUUGGGUAUCUGUGACGAGGUGUUCAGAACUAGGGUUUGUUUUUUUUUUCUGUUUUCCUCAUUUCUCCGAAAGGCUGGAGCACUUUGUGGAUUGUCCGGCGAACGCCUGUUGUGACUGUGGCACCACGGAGUCGUCGGAGUGACAAACUGGACGGCGGGUGUUCAGAGGAGUCCGCGAUCAUGAUGGCGUGUUGCAUUAGUGAAGAAGCGAAAGAACAGAGAAGAAUCAAUCAAGAGAUCGAGCGACAACUACGAAAGGAUAAGCGUGAUGCCCGGCGGGAGCUCAAGCUCCUGCUGCUCGGCACAGGCGAGUCUGGAAAAAGCACCUUCAUCAAGCAGAUGCGAAUUAUCCAUGGCCAUGGCUAUAAUGAUGAAGACAAGAAAGGCUUCAUCAAGCUUGUCUAUCAAAACAUUUUUAUGGCCAUGCAAAGCAUGAUCAAGGCAAGGGAAAUGCUGAAGAUCCCUUUCCGUUCUCCAGAGAACCAGGAGAAUGCAAAUCUGGUGAUGUCUGUAGACUACGAAACAGUCACGACCUUUGAGAAGCCCUACGUGGAUGCGAUCAAGCAGCUUUGGGGAGAUGAUGGCAUCCAGGAGUGCUACGAUAGGCGUCGCGAGUACCAGCUGACAGAUUCUGCCAAAUACUACCUUACAGAUGUGGACAGAAUAGCUGCCCCAAACUACCUUCCUACGCAACAAGACAUCCUUCGGGUACGAGUGCCCACAACAGGCAUUAUCGAGUACCCAUUUGACUUGGACUCCAUCAUUUUCAGAAUGGUGGAUGUUGGUGGCCAGCGGUCUGAGCGGAGGAAAUGGAUACACUGUUUUGAGAAUGUGACGUCUAUUAUAUUCCUAGUAGCCUUAAGUGAAUACGACCAGAUCCUAUUCGAGUCUGACAAUGAGAACCGAAUGGAGGAGAGCAAAGCUUUGUUCAAGACCAUCAUCACAUAUCCCUGGUUUCAAAACUCGUCUGUUAUUCUAUUUCUAAACAAGAAGGACUUACUAGAAGAAAAAAUUAUGUAUUCUCAUUUAGUGGACUAUUUUCCGGAAUAUGAUGGACCAAAGAAAGAUGCCAUUCAUGCUAGGGAGUUCAUCCUUAAAAUGUUUGUGGACCUCAACCCGGACAGUGAAAAAAUCAUCUAUUCUCAUUUCACAUGUGCAACAGACACAGAGAACAUCCGGUUUGUGUUCGCCGCCGUAAAGGACACCAUCCUGCAGCUGAACUUGAAGGAGUACAACCUAGUGUAGGAACUGCCUGAAGCUGACCACAGGUUUUCCCCAGCCCACCCCAGGAGGCAGGUUGUCUUCUCUCUCUCUGCCCCUUCUCGCAUCUUGCUCCCUCUCGACCAGCUUGCAAGAGGGAGAGAACAUCACAAGCUCGGUGACAACCGCUUGCCGCGACAAACUGACGGAGGCGACGUUCCCCCCUGCUUCCUCCGAUGGAGGCGACACAAUGCCAAGACGACGCCGCUGUGGAUAGUUUGCUGGCGCACAUAUGGACAACACACAUGCUUGCUUUUCCACGAAGCAGGAGAGAUGACAGUCCUUCUCUCCUUCCCAUGACAGGGGGGUUGCGACUCUCUCUGUGUGGUGCCAUUUCUGGGGAGGAUGGAAGAGAUGCCUUGUUGCCGCACACUCCUGGGCAGAUGCUUCUCCUUUUUUCUUGGACUCGCACACACAGCCUGUACACUUGUUUUAGCCUCGCUGCCCUACAAGUUUUGUCUUUAUUAUGCCAUGCCCACCACACUGUUGCUGUCAGUUUGCCCCACUGAAAAUUUGUUACAGCAACACUUUUGCAUUUUUUAAGAAAGUGUAUACUUUGUGUGAGCAGCUGCUGUUCAUGUCUGGCAGGUGUAACAGUGUUACAUGCUUGGGACAACCUUCUCAAGGGUUGCGGCCCCAAAGCCACUUAAGAACAUUUGUGCUCCUCCAUGUGUGUUGUCCCUGCACAUGCUGCCUGUGUUUUGUUUUUUAAGUCUGCUUUUUAAAGGAGUGCCAAAUGGAAAGGAGUCUAGAUGUGUGCUGCCUGCCAGCUGCAAGGACUUUAGCCACAUGGUCAGCGUAGGUGGAAGCAUCACAAAAAAGUAUUGCCACACUGCAUUAGUGAGGCAUUGAUGGUGCACAUUAAUGCCAGAGCCUAUGGUUGUAUGUGAGUACAGUACACUCACUGCUGGUUGGUUAACCUGCCUGCCCUUCACAAGCUCAAGUCAUGACUGGGGCAAACAAGUCCAUGCCUUUGGACUUUGUGGCAGUCCAUUUGAAGCCAGUUGCCAUGCUUCACAAAAGCUUGUGGUUGGUGCACAUCUGUAUGCGAGUUCCUUCUCUCUUUUUUUUCGUACUUUUGCUUUCUCCUCGUGUUGUUCGCUAGUUCCCACCCAUCUGCCAGUUUAUGAGUUUAUUUUUCUUUUAAUUCCAGCAGGUUUUUAUUUUGAACUCUUACCUAGUCAGCGUUUUGUACAUAGGCAACAUGGCAGGUGGCAGUGUGUGUCAUUGCGAGUUCUGGAACAGCUGUGGGUCCAAUUCUGCGCUCCUUGGCAAGCACACCAUUCUGUCAGUGACUAAACGCAACCAGUGGGAAUGUGUGUUGUGCAAGUGCUUAGGGGGGAGAGGGGAAACAACAAGACGGGCUCUGCGAGAAGGCGCCUGCAGUGCCACAGUAGGCCUCAUAGCCACCACCUGGCAGCAGUAUUGUGGACACGCAGCUCUGGCUUUGUUUCCUUUUUUGGCCAUUGUGCGUCUCCUUAGAAUGAGUGUGUUACGCCUGCUAUUCUCAGCGUCUUGAAUGUGUGCGUGCAUGUUUUAGAUAUUGGGCAAACAAAUAAGUGCAGUUUUUCAGAUGAAGGUGCAGUUGCAGGACUACCCUCUUUUAGGCUGCUAAAGUAUGACCAUGCUUUCUUUCUCUCUGCCCCCCCCCCCUCUUCUAUUUUUUUUUUUUUUUUUCAAACUAUAUGUGCACCUAUUUAAAAUCAAUUUUCAAUCAAUUGCUGUGUUCAUAAGAGCGGAAGUUUUGACCAUUCUGCAGAUGGGCCUUGUCAAAAUCCGCUGUGUAACGCACAGUAUUGGUUUUACGAUUUUGUCAGAGUUGCUAUUGAUUUUUCUUGUUUUAGCGAUUGUACCAGCUGGCAGCCCCCUGACAUUUACAAUAAUGUAUUGAACAUUGAGUAUUGCUGCGUUACUUGGUCUUUUCCCCAUGGAUGCCUUUCAUUCUUUGAAAAGGCUUCAUGCGGAUGACCAAGACACAACUGUCCACUGUAUUUUAUAUGUAUCUCUCUAAUCUUUUUUUUUUUUCUGGCAACGCACAUUUCGAGAGCAGCCUAGGAGUCUUCAGGGUACAGACCCUUUCUCGCGGAUGUUUCAUACUCCAAGGCAGGGGCUGGGACAUAACUAUACUGCCACGUUGAAGAAGAUAACGCCGGGACAUGAGUGAGUGUGGGGAAAACGCUAGUCCUCCUGUUUGGUUGGACGUGUGUCGGUGUCGGCGCAGGUCUGCUUGCCACGUGGGUCGAGAGGCUUUCCUCAAGAAGCUCCGUUUACCGUCGCAAUCCCAGAGUGUUUAUGGUGCGACGUUACAUCCUCACGGGGGCAACAAACCAAACCAUGGUGUCUCACUUACUCACGCAGACUUCCUUCCGAGUGUGUGAAUGGGUGUGUAGUCUUCAGCUACAACAGGUGUAGUGCGCCCCUCAUCAAGAGGGCAACAUGCUCUCCCCUGGUCACUUUGCCCUCCCUCUUGGAACCCGGCCCCCUUCUCUACUUUUCUUCACAAUGCCUUGCUGCUGCUGUUGCCGCUGCUGUUGCUGGAAGUAUGUGUGUAGGACUGUGAAAAAGACAACAGCAGCAGAAGAAGCAAAAACAUGAAAAUGGGGGUGUAUGCUGAUGUUUUUUAUAAGCUUGCGCAUGCGCGCAUCGUGCGACUGUCGUGUAUGUGUGUGUUGUUUGACAGGAAGAGACAACAACAAAAAAAAAAACGUGCAAGUGAGCUUUUUGAAGUCUUGAAUGCAUGCGAGAGGACAAAAAAAUGUGUAUCUCAGUAUGAUGUGUAUGUCAGGCCUAUCUUUUUUUUUACAUAUAUAUAUAUAUAUAUAUAUAUAUAUAAGGGGGAAAAACCGCUAGUUAUUUAAAAGAGGACAGUAUGUAAAGAGUAUGAUUAGUGUUUUAUAGAGCGAUGCAUAUGGUCCCCUUCUUAAGCCCCCUUUCCACUGUCAUUCCCAAAGUGCUUUUUUUCAUCCUUGGUCCUCCAUUCUCUUCACAGCCUGCCCCCACCUUCCUUUUACGUCCGUUUAAUCUCUCUACCUCCCAACUUUUCUCCUCCACUUUCCCUGUGUUGUGUUGUCUCGUUGCAGUUAACGGUGGACUUCCUCCCCCCCUGAUGUGUGGUCCCCGCUUUGGCUCAUCCCUCCACCCUUAAACACCUCCACAAUCCCUUUUCGGUGACCUAUUCGAUGAAACAAGAAAAAAAAAACAUACUUGGUACCUGAUUCUUGUCACUCAAGGCAGGAGGACAGAGUUUUUUUCAAAGCACUGGACUUCGCUUUCAUACGUGCAUGGUGCAGGAGUUGAACUUGGUAGUUGUACUUUUUCUCGAGGGCACACCAGUGACGUUCCGAGGACUUCUGGGUGGGGGGGCUAGGCUGGGAGGAGAAUAGCGUGCGCGUGCUCGGCCAAUCGUCUCUGCAAUUUCUUCCUUUCCGCACUUCGCUUGACAUUCUCUCAUCACUUUACUCUGCUUUUCAGCCCUUUAUCUUAUUUUUUUUUAAUAAGCUUACGCACAAAAAAGAUGUGGGUUGGGGGGGGGGGGGGCACAUUGGAGCAUUUGCUGCUUGCAGCUUACUGUCUCCUUUUCUUCGCAAUCUAGAACAAAACCUAAUUAUUUCUUCUCUAUUAUUAUUAUUACUAUUGCUCCUGUGUUUUGUACAGUAUUGUUCGGAGCAUCGUUUAUAGUUGAGAGGAACAUAUAUAUAUAUAUAUAUUAGUUUCGUAGGAUACUUGCCUGUUGUGUUUUAACAGAGCAUUUUUUCCCCCCUGUCUGAUGCCUUGCCAAACUUAUUUUGGGGGUUCUGCUGAAUGCGGAAGUCAUGCUGGUGUUUCUUCAGCUGCUUUACGCUUGUUGCAAAGUAUGUGUUUCCGGCUUGUUGUGUGAAGGCUGGAAGAGGAGACUUGUUUGUUUCUUGUCAUGCAUCUUUUUUUUUGUUUUUCGUCAUGUUGAUUGUUGGCUCUUCUUUAUUUCUUUUUUUUUUCGUGCUGCACACACAUGAAGAGUUUCUUUUGUUGAUUCUGUGACGCGCUGCGUGGCUGUACGGACUUUCAUUACAAUGUAUAUGGCGCUUCCUCAGUGAUGAGAUGCGCUGCACCCCCUCCCCGGGAAAACUGCAGUGCGCAUGACCAUUGUGCAGAAGGUAGCAGCACCAGACAGAACAGGAACGGACUCCCACCUAGUACGGGACAAGGUGUGCGUGUAUUGUGUGUGUGCAUGUAUAUAUUAUACAUACAUAUAUAUAAAUAUAUAUAAAAUGAUACGAGCUCUUGAGGAAAACAAAAUGCUUUGUCAGGUUGCUCAGAAUGAGCUCUGAGACACACACACACUUUGAGGACUUUACCUUUAUAUGGAUGUGUAAAUUUGUAAUAUUCAAAUUAAUGCAACCGUUGGGUAAAGUAUUGAAUAAAUUCUCUUAAAUUCUCGUUUGAAAA